AUUUUAUUUAUGUUGUGUUUGUAUGAUUUGAAUUUGCUUUAAUUGAACUAGGUUUUUGAUAAUUUUCAGAAAAGUUUGCAACUUUUUGUUGUAGGCUUUUGAAGUUUGGAUUUUUAAGGUUCAUAUUCUUAUCUUUUACAUGAACCCCAUGUGGAAUUUCAGCCUUAUUUUCAGUUGAAUCUUGAGUUUACUUUGUCAAUGUAUGUAUGUGAUCAAUCUUGUUAAAAUGUUGUUAUUUUGCAUAUGGAGUCCAGUUUUUUUUUUAAUUUUUUUUAAGCCUUAGUUUCAGUUGAAUCUCGAGUUCUGUUUCCUUUUGUGUGUAUGUGAUCAAUCCUGUAUAAAAUGGUGUUAUUUGUUUAUCGAGUCCAAUUUUUUUCUCUUUUUUGAUUUCUAUUGUGCUUGUAUGGUUUGAAUUUGCUUUAAUUGAACUGGGUUGUUGAUAAUUUUCAGAAAAGGUAGCAACUUUUUGAAUUUUGGAUUUUGUUUGUCCUUGAGGAGCUCGCUCAAGUUGAUUCUUUGGCUCCUCUCUGCUCAUUUCCUUUUUUUGGUUUCCAAUCUUUAGGCUAUAAAAAUGAUGAAUGGAUAAUAUUGUUUAAAGCGAAAAAGGCGCAUCUCCGGCUGUGUUGAUGGAGGUUGGUGCUAUGAAUCGAUUGAUUGGAAGGUGUCAUUGGCGUUGGUUUAGUUGUAAUUGUAGGUUUUUUCUUUUUUUGGUCAUUUGGGGCUAGGUUACUAGUUACCUUACUUGCUUAUGAGUUGUAUGCCAGUAAAAGAUGCAGAGAAGUAACUAAAGAAAAAGAGACCAAAUAGAGUGGACUACUUAGUAGUAGUUCUUGUUGUCGCACUACUUACCUUACUUAACACGAUUUCCUUAUAUAUGUCUAGAAAUCUUUGUCUUUUAGAGCCUGUCUUAUCAAUAUAGCUGCAGCUUUCCUUGUUUCUAUGACUUUGAUGACUAACCUGCUAUUAGAAUAUUAUUCCUUUCUAAAAUGGAUUUUACCAGUAGAAAAGAGUUUCGGGUCAUAUGUUUGUUUGCUCUAUUCUCACAUUAUGAGCAAAUGGAGUUCAAGAAAAAAAGAUUUGGAGCUAAAAAUUCUAAGGCACUCGGUCAAUUCCCAGUUGAGGCAAGAAACAAUAGAUUUACGGCGUACAAGGUUGAGAACCAUCAUCUUAAAAUUUGUGUUUUAACUGGGCAGCACAACGUAGCGAGUCGAAGCUUUUGUGCUAAUCAUAAAUUUAUUGAUUCAAUUUAUGGAACAAAAUGAACAUCCGCCGUGCAUUAUGUAUUCAAAGAUCUAGUGAAGCACAACACAGUAACAUGGGUGUCUCUGGAGCUAUGUCGACAUCUUUAUCCAUUUUGCCGUCAUUGGAAGAGAAGUAUCUGAAAGUUCCAGAUUCUCUUCAUGUGCUCACAGAAAAAGAGCAAACUAAGAGUGGAACAGUGGGGCAUCAAUUAUCUUCCACUUCUGGACCCCACAAAGAUUUUCACUUUUCUCCAACCUCUUCUCAAGAAAAUAGACGACAUAAUUACCCAUUUAUUUCAAGUGAAGCUUCUGCUGCAACCUGCCGAUCUUCACUCUCGAGUACACAUUCAACAUCAUUGGAUAAUUACCCCAUGGGGAACAACAAUAAUUCCUGGGGAAAAGAUGCAUAUCAUGACACUAUCGAUUUUCCUACGACUGUUCCUGUUCAGAAUGGCCAAGUCGAAAGCCUUGCAGCUAAGAGAUCUGAUUGGCAGGAGUGGGCUGAUCAGCUAAUUAAUGAUGAUGAUGUUUUGGGUUCGAGUUGGAGCGAUAUUCUUGUUGAUGUUAAUCCUCCAGAUUCAGAACCUAAGUUUCUGGGAGCAUCUGAAGUUCUUGCUUGUCAGCCCCAUACUCUUCCUCCUGCUCCACCGCUGGCUGCAUCGUCAGGGCAAAGUUUUCCAGUUGGUAGCCCGUCUUCUUCCACAGCACUAACAAAGCCUCGCAUGCGUUGGACACCUGAGCUUCACGAAGUCUUUGUAGAAGCUAUCAGUAAGCUUGGCGGCAGCGUAAAAGCUACACCGAAGGGAGUCUUGAAGCUCAUGAACGUUGAAGGCCUAACCAUCUAUCAUGUCAAAAGCCACUUGCAGAAAUAUAGAACUGCCAGAUACAAACCAGAACCCUCGGAAGGAACACCGGAAAAGAAUCCCACUAGUGUGACAGAGAUGCCAUCUUUGGACCUAAAAACGACCAUGGGAAUAACAGAAGCACUAAGAUUGCAGAUGGAAGUACAAAAGCAGCUUCAUGAACAACUUGAGAUCCAAAGAAGGUUGCAGUUGCGGAUCGAAGAACAGGGUAAAUACCUCGAAAUGAUGUUUGAAAAGACAAAGGACAUUGGGAAAGAUUUAAAGGUAUCAUCAUCAAAAACAGAUGGACUUCCUUCACCAUCAACCGAGACGAAGCAUUCGCCUCCCAACUACAAAUCAGAAGCACUCGAGAAGGAUCCUGUUAGUUUGAACGAUCGUUCAAGUUCCAUAGGGAACUCACCGGACAAUAAAGCUUGUGAAGAUCAUGACUCCGAUGGUAGAGACUCGUGUUCACCGCCAUCGAAACGAGCAAAAGCCUAUGAAAAAUUAGCUCUUCAUGAAUCUUGACAGACUCAUUUGUAAUAUGUAUGUAAAUUGUCUUUGCAAAUGUUGUUGACUUGAUGAAAGCUUCUAGCUUAAACAUAA